ACAAGGAAUCUGCCAGUAGUUUCUGUACUAUGUCGACCAAAUUUUUAAGAUUUCGCAAAAAUUGAACGAUUUCAAAAUCCAGUUGGUUUUUCUACGAAAGCGUGUGCAUUUUAUGGGGGUUUCACGAAAAAGUUCUUGCAGAACGAUUUUCUCGAAAUUCCUCUUUAAUGCUGUGAUAACUGAGCGGUAUAGCGAAACACUAAAAACCAUGUGCACUGGUUCAGGAGCCGCAGGAGUCUCCAACAGUACUCCCGCAGUAGACUAUUGAUGACCUUUAUGAAAACGCUUGUAACAGACGUAAAGCGAUCACUAGUAUGCCCCACCUUCACUUGUUAAAAUGUGUGUGGAGGACGUGAUCCAGGACCCCAGCGAACCGUUUUUUCCGCAUCUGCUUUUUUUGGCAGCCAAUAUCAACGCCAGCGACCCUUUUGUCACCAACACCCUCAAGCACCUGAUCCGGAACGCGGAUUUUAUGGCUUGCGUGCGACGUUGCAGUCUAUUUGAUCUGCGCGAAAAGGAGCACGAAGGCUGUGUAGAUGCGAGCGCCACUCACUGGCUGACGAUGCUGCUGUGGGAUAGCACUCUGGCCGUGCCCACAGUGGCUGUGGAACAUUUUCAGACGCUGGUCAAGGCCAAAUCAUUCCUGAUGCCGGUGCUGGUGUGGGUGUACGUCAAUCCGGAACUAGUCGGUAAUAAGAAGCAGCGUAAACGAGCUCUGAUGGAACUGGAAAAGGUCUGCUUAGAGAAAGUAUUUAAACCCUUACAGAGCAGCGCGGUGUGGCGGCUGGAGAUAUUUGGGUUGGAAAAGGAAGGUCGCAAACACUUCAACCGGGGAUUAUCCUGGCUGAAGCAGCAGGUGACCUUUUCCGCUAGCAGAGAGCUGGAUCCGGCACUCGUCGCUCCAGCCGUGACACAAUCCAUCCAGCCGUCCCUGUACCAAAUACCAUCCGCGACGGUCACGCCUACCGUCAUUUUUGCUGCUCAAGGCGAUUCUGCCAACCGCCCGCCCCGGACGGCUGCCAGCCAGAACGACAAAUCCUUCUUUCCUUCCAGCUCGGCCGCUCUAGACAGCCGCAUCAAGCCAAAGCCGCUUUCACCAUCCAGUAAACUGCAACUGAUCGGAUAUUCGUACGAAUGCGAGAGUGCCAACCUCAAAUAUGGAAAUGUGAUAGCCAAGGAUUCGCUGGUCCUCACGGAUCCCAUCACUCGGGACGUGCAGAGCCUCAGUGAGACAGCAUUGCGCAAAGCCGCGGUACAGAACCACCACCCACCCGGUGUCUUCACCACGGACGCCGAUCGAGAGGCGGCGGUGCAGCGUCGGCGCAUGCAGCGGACACUCAACGCCACCGAAGCGGAGAUCGCCCGCCUCUUCCGGCAGCGUAUCGGGACAACUUCGCGUAGCUUCCGCUCCGUCCGCUUUGUUGACACCUUCGAGGAGUUCUCGACGGUGUCAAGCUUCCACGACAACGGCUCGGUCAUAACGGUGACUUCGGGGAUGAGCGGCGCCAACGGAACCAUCUCCGCCGCUAACGACGGUAGCUUUUUCUCUACGGAGAAUGCUUCGUCCUUUAUUCUGGCCGGUCGGGGCAUCGAGUACUCCGGAGGUCAGAUCAACGUGCUCCAAGUGCCCAGCGUCGUUCCCGAUCCCAGCGUUCAACUGACGGAAGCGACGCCCACACGUUCCGAUGUGGUGGAUGCACCAACAACCACCGAGUCAACGUUCGAUACGAAUCCCGAAGUUCACUGUGAUGUGCAUCCGACCGAUAGAAAUUUUUCUGUACAGAAUGUCUACCACCCAGCGGAUGCUGCACGGGCUUAUGUGCAUUUUGAAUCGGCCGCUGAGAUGCGAGUAAAUGUCAACUGUUGAAAGCAAAUUUUGUCAUUCGUUCCGUAUUGUUAAUUCGGCAACUCGUAUUUUGAUCGAGUUUAUCACGUCAUCUGACAGAUUCGCU